UUUGUUAGGUGGUAAGAGUAUCAAACCAAAACUCUAAUGGAAGCAAAUGAAACCAUCUCACAGUAUUAACUAACUAUAUAAACCAAAAAUGGCUUCAGUGCUCUGCUCAACAAGAUCCGUCUUCUCUUCUUCAACAAUACGACGGCGUUUGCCCUUAGUCGGGGCGUUUUGCAUGUUAAGUUUGGGCCUCUCUAAUCUGUGUACCCCGCUCUCCUCUUCCCUCAAGACGGGUUGCGCUCAGUCUCUCCCCUUUGUACCUCUACUAAGAUCAAAGUUUGGUACCCAAUCGCGAGCUAGUACUGUCAGAAUGGAAGGAAGUGGCAACACUGUACCCAGUAUUGUUGUUUACGUCACUGUGCCUAAUAGAGAAGCUGGAAAGAAGUUGGCUCAAAGCAUUGUCAAAGAGAAAUUAGCAGCAUGUGUGAACAUAGUCCCAGGUAUUGAGUCAGUAUAUGAGUGGAAAGGAGAGAUCCAGACAGAUUCAGAGGAACUGCUUAUAAUUAAGACUAGGCAAUCUCUGUUGGAAGCAUUGACAGAGCAUGUCAAGGCAAAUCAUGAAUACGAGGUACCGGAAGUAAUCUCUUUGCCGAUUACUGGAGGCAGCAUUCCAUACCUGGAAUGGCUAAAGAACAGCACAAGGGAUUGACUUCUCAAGUUUACUGCAAAAAUUUGAUUGCUAAAACUUUGCUCUUAAUGAAAUGGCGAUCAUCACUUAAAUGGUCUCCAGCUCUAUGGUUGCUUGUAAAUUGGCUUUUUAUGCUUUGAAACCUAUAUGUACAUGCUCUUGUUUUGUCGGU